ACAUUCUCCAUUUGAUUCACUUCUCAGAAACUCAUUCAAAGACUUCAUCACAAGUCGAUCACAAAAUCAUGGUCAAGCCUUCACUUCUUAACCCAAGAUGCGCUCGUUGUCCUUCAAACCAAGAUCUCAAAUCAUGCACUGGUUGUAAAGUUCAACAAUAUUGUAGUGAAACACAUCAAAGAGAAGAUUGGACGAAUCACAAAAAAGAUUGUAAAUCGAUCAAGAAAUCAAGAAUGAGAUUAGAAGAAGCCAUUCAAGAACAUCCAAACGAUCCAUCCUUCAAUACUGCACCUUUAUCAUUACGUUCAACUUAUAUUACCUAUAGAUCUAAUCUUAUAGAUAGUUUAAUGAAGAUUCACACCAAAGAUUCGGUUUCUGAAGCAUUAGAACAUGGAAUGAUCAUUGUGAAAUCUUCUACCGGUAUAAUUGGUUUAGAUCCGGUUGAAACUAUUGAAACAAGAGAUUUAGUACCAUUCUUAAUGAUCAGAUUAGAACAAGAUCAAGAAGCUUACGAUUAUGUUAGAGGUAGAAUUAAUAUGCAAGUAGAUCCUUCUUCUCCUUUUAGUCGAUUGUUUGCUCAUCAAUCAAUGGGACCUAAAGUUUCGACUUAUGAUGUAUUCGAAUCAGUUGAUCAACUUUGUUCGAUGCCUUUGAUUUCUAGUUUAGUGGCUGGAGUUUUAUUAAAAGUGAAAUUUUUAAUCGAUUUAACAAAUUUAAAACUUAUUCAAGAUUUAAAUCAAAAAAUACCACAAGAAAUUAUAGAUCGAAUCAAAUUUACUUCACUUAAAUCUCAAUUGAUUUUUCAAAAGAAGAAAUUGAUUUUAAAAGAUAAUUGGGAUUUAGAAAUCAAAUUGAUGAUCAAACAUAUUAAGCAACUUAAAAAAGAAAUUGAUUUAAUUAAUCCUAAAUUUUUUGUUGAAUUCUUUGAUAUUAAGAAAGGUGAAUCAAUUCAAGAUUGGUUACCACCACAUAAAUGUAGAUGUGGACCUAAUCAAGAUAUAGAUGAACAAAUGCAAUUGGUUUUUAGGUAUUCUUGUGAUGCUUGGAAAGGGGUUGAAGGAGCUGUUGAAGUUAUGAAAAAUUUCUUAUAAACAACAGAAUACAUCAAGAUUUGGUGAAAAAGAUUCUUAUCUCUAGUUUCUCAGAAACAGGUCCUUUUAAAAUCACUCGACUCAUUUUUCUCAAUUAUCACUCAAACUUUUUCUAUUCACUUCAACAACCUCUGUUUUUUUAUGAUGUCCUGCUCAUUCAUCAUUUCAUCAAAUCAAUCAAUCACUCUUUCUCUUAUCAACAUAUCUUUCUCUCAACAAAAAACCUGAUUCCAUUACAUACCUGUACUUGUUCUUUUCUAUUUUUCUUCUUUUUGAUGCGUUGUUGUUGUAGCCUGAAAAUGAUUUUGAUUAAAAUCUAAAAAAAAUUGAUGGUAUGUUGUUCUUACUAAAAAAUCCUUUUCUUUGUGUGAUUGUAAAGAUUUCAAGAAUAAAAUC